AUGGCUUCAGAACAGCAAAAGCAGCCAUGGCACCUCACUGCCGCAGAGGCUCUUCCUCUCUUACAAAGCGGCGACCUCAAAGCAGAAGACUAUGUCAACUCGCUUCUGCAUCGGAUCCAACAACGAGACGAAGCCGUCAAAGCAUGGGUGUACUUAAACCCCAAUCAAGUAAUCCAACAGGCUCGGCAUCUAGAUGAGGUCUCGGCCAAGGCACGAGGGCCUCUCCACGGCCUUCCAGUCGCCGUCAAGGAUGUCAUUUUGACCAAAGACAUGCCGACGCAAUACAACUCCAAACUCUUCGAGUCGGAGACGCCGAUUGCUGCAGAUGCCAAUUGUGUUAUGUCGCUACGUGCUGCAGGCGCAAUCAUCUUCGGCAAGACAUCGACCACGGAAUUCGCCACCACCAAACAGGGCAACUGGCAUCAGAAUCUCACUACCAAUCCUCAUGAUAAGACGCGCACGCCAGGUGGAAGCUCUUCGGGAUCCGGAGCUGCGGUCGGAGAUUUCCAAAUCCCUAUUUCCCUCGGUACUCAGACUGGCGGGAGCAUAAUUCGACCCGCAUCGUUCAACGGGUGUUAUGGCUUCAAACCAACCUGGGGCGCAAUAUCAAGGGAAGGCCUGGCGCAAUGGAGUGUCACCCUCGACACGUGCGGCUUCUUCACCAGAUCUGUCGAAGACUUAGAGCUGCUAUCAGACUUCUUCAACAUCCGCGACGAUGGAGCACCCCCGAGCAAACCCUUCACAUUGAAAGGAGCUACAUUCGGCUUCUGCAAGUCAACCUACUGGCCGAGUGCCGGGGCCGGGACUCGUAAAGCCAUGCAGACCGCCAAGUCCAUCUUGGAGAAGCACGGCGCGAUCGUAGAAGACGUAGAGCUACCAAACGACUUCGACAAAGUUCUUGGCUGGCAUGCUGCCGUAUCCGCGAGAGAAGGCCAAGCUUCAUUCCUUGGACAACUCAUGACAGAUCGCACACACUUGCAUGACAACAUCAUCGGCUACGGGGAGAAUCGAGGCAACGUAUCGCGAAAGGAUCAACUAGAAGCUUAUGACGAGUGCGCGAGACUACGUCCCAUCCUCGACGCCAUAGCGAGUAAAUACGACGCCAUCAUCACCCCGAGCGUCGUCGAUGAAGCACCGGCUGAUGUGGGAAAUACAGGCGACAUGAAUUUCUGCUCAACGUGGACCAUCAUGCAUGUGCCCGCACUCAACAUCCCGGGCUUCGCGGGAGAGCACGGCAUGCCUAUCGGUCUGACGGCUGUGUGUCCCAGAUUCAAAGACCGGCAGCUCUUGCACGUUGCGCGCACGCUGGGGCCCGUCUUUGCAGCUGAGGGGGGAUGGCAGCCAGGACACAACGGGGUGCCGCAGUAG